AGUAGGUGAGUCAAAUGUUUAAGCAACACCAAACUAAGGAAUUUUGCAGUUCUGUUCUUGUGCAUUAUCCUGUUCUAGCAAAGUGAGAAGUGCACACUUGGACUGCUUAAAGAAGAAAUUUACCUUCAACAGACCAGGCAGCAAGCCUCCUCAAUAUAACUGAACCAGCUUGGGGUGGCUCCUGCUCACUGGUGUUUGGAUCUGACCAGGAGCUCGGAUGUGCGACUCUUGUUCCGCCUUUGAUUUCAGUGCACCCUGGAGAGGUUUUAAAGACACGGUUUGUGUCCUCCCACUGCCAGCUCUUACCGGGCAUGUCGCUUGCUGUCGGCUCCAGUGGCAAAAGAACCGAGUUUGCUCACCAUGAAGAGCAUUGUGCAGCCGAUCGCGUUGUGGGGAAAGAAAGCACCGUCUCAUUCCAUCUGUGCUCUAAUGCUCACUGAUGACCAGGGGACUAUAGUGACGGGAAGUUGGGAGGGACAGAUUUGCCUCUGGAACCUGUCACCUGAUUUCAAGACUUUACCUCGGAUCUUGCUGUUUGGCCAUACUGCUUCAAUUACUUCCCUUGGUAAAGCAAGUGAGAAACAGCCAUACAUCGUCAGUGCAGCAGAAAAUGGGGAGAUGUGCCUUUGGAAUGUCACCAGUGGCCAAUGCAUUGAACAUACAAAACUGCCCUUCACUCACACUUCCAUCUAUUAUUAUUACCGUUCCUUUCGGAUGUCAGGUGAUGGCUGGUUGCUUUGCUGUGGACAGUAUCAGGACAUUUUAGUCAUUGAUGCACGUAGCCUGGAGCUUCUCCACGCUCUCGUUUCAUCUGCAACUCCGGACUGGAUCAGCUCAAUGUGCAUUGUCCGCUCCCAAAGAAUUCAAGAGGAUUCGUUGGUUGGUAUCUCGGUAACAGGAGAGCUAAAGGUGUGGGACUUGUCAUCAUCAGUCAAUGGAGUUCAGGCCAGAGAGAAUGUUUAUGAAACAGAGUCCAAGACACUUCAGUGUUUCCACUGUCAAGCUGUCUGCUUUUGCACUUACACAGAGCGCUUACUGUUGGUAGUUUGCUCUGAUUGCUGGAAGGUUUUUGAUUAUUGUGACUUUUCAUUGCUGUGCUUUGUGAACUGCAAAGACGGCCAUCACUGGGCAGGUGGCGAAGUUUUAGCUGCAAACAAGAUAAUUGUCUGGACAGAGGACGGCCAGAGCUACAUUUACCAGCUGCCUGACAGGUGGGCUCAGGUGGGAAAACCUCAAGAGAAGUUCAGCAGCUUGUUCAAAACUGGCAUCUUUGUCUCCCAUGAACACUCGUUAAGUGAGACUGUUACCCCUCGUCUGCUUUGCUACACGUCAAGUGAUAUUAGCAGUAAGUUUUUUCAGGCAAUUCUGAUUUUCAUCAAUGAGCGUAAAGAGCCUUUUCAUAAGAUUCUCUUCUGUGGUGAAGCAUCAGGAAGAAUUUCCAUGUGGCAUAUUCCUGAUGUUCCGAUGGCCAAUCGUGAUGGCUCCCCGCAAGAGAUUAAGAUGGCUGCAACUUUGAGCCUUCAGGGAGCAUUUGAACAGCACAAGAUCUUGACAGAAGAAAUAACAGACCAGUUGGAUGUACAUGUGAAUGGAAUUCAGACUGGUUUGAUCACUGCCAGUGUUUAUAUUCCAAAUCUAGAAAAACUUGUAUGUGGAUGUGAAAAUGGACGGAUAAUAAUUACCUUGGGUUUGCAUGCUGCACGAGCUCAACUCCUUGAAGAACAUUUUUUCUUAAAAGCUUGGUUACCCCACAGGAUUCUGGUCGGGCACUGUGGCCGGGUUACCUGCCUCCUCCACCCGCACAGUAAAUCUGCAACCUUUGACGCCAGCUGGCUGGCCUCGGGAGACGAGGAAUCGUGUGUGAUCUUGUGGAACAUGUUCAAAGGAGAGGCUCUGCACAAAUUUGUGCUGCAUGCAGGCCCAGUUCUGAACCUAUCCGUGUGCCCAGAGGAAUGCAGUCCUGAGAUGCGCCAGACUAUUUGCUGUGUAGCAAAUGAUAAUUCUGUGGCGUUGCUGAGCCUUCAGUGUCGAGCUUGCCUGAUGCAUGCAAGGAAACAUCUCUCCCCUGUGAGUCUAAUAAAAUGGCGCCCAGCAGAAGACCUCCUGAUCGUCGGAUGCAAAGAUGGAGCAGUUUAUGUCUGGGACAUUGAGACUGGAACACUUGAUCGACAUGAGACUGGUGAGACAGCAAAGGCAAUCAUUGGUUCCUGUGAAGAUUCACCGUCUAUAUUCAUGAAUGCAAUUGAUUCUUUAUCCAUGGGAGCUAGACCUCUUGAUCCAGUCAAAAAGAAGAGUUGCAAGCAAUAUGGAUCUUUCAAAUUGAGCACAUCUCCAACUACUUUCCACACAUCAGAGUUUGCAUUUCCAGACCCCACCCCACAAGCAUUCACAAUCCAGCCAGUGAAGGCAAAAUGGAGUGACGGUGCCAUCCACGUGCUGUUGUUCGACGUCAGCACCAUUUGCGAACAGCUGCUCUCGUAUCAAGAAAAGGAACAGAAGUUGCAAAGUACUGUCCAAAGCCAUGAGAUGUUAAAGAGGCCAGCUAGCGUCGACUGUAAGAAACCACCAAUGUCUUUAAAAAGAAACAAGGCACCGACAAAUCUCUGUCAGACGAAUAGUUUGGUAAAAGAUUUGGUCCGUGAGCAUUUCUAUUACAAUGAGCACAAUGCAGGUGGAUUUGGGAGGGAAGGAGCUGGAAUUAGCAAACACAAAACAAAACCCAAAGGCACUAAAAAGGCUACAGUAUCAGCAGUGAAAAAAAUGGAUGUUAAUGUGGCCACAGACGCAGCCAAGUUACUAAUUUCCUGUCUCUUUCCCUGGGGUGUGGAUAGGGAUCUAGAUGAACUCUGCAUUAAGCAUCUGGGGAUGUUUCAGCCUCGCUGUCCAGUGUCCUUUGGCCUUUUGUCACAGGAUGAUUAUUUGUCUCUCCUUUUACCGGGAUGGUAUGAAUUCAAUCAAGAGAUGACAAAGGACCAUGUAUUCUGCAGCAAGAUAUCAAAUAAAGUUCUGGACCUUGCAAAACAAGUCUCAAAUAUUACCCAAGCUUGUACUGUUUCUAUGGCGGAAACCUUGAAUGAUGAUGCAGAUGGAAACUUUCAGUCAGAAAUGACAUCUUAUUUAUUAUCUGUCAUCUUGUUAGUCAACCUACAGAUGAGAAUGCCUUUCCCGUCCAAGGGGAAUGAAAUGCAUAACAUAGUGAGACAACAGAAAGUGGAAUGCCUGCGUGGUAAAGGAGCGGAUGCAUCACACCUGUCCGUCUCUCCAUUUACAGGAGAAGCGUCCCAAAAUAGAUCUUUCUGCCCAUACUGGAGCUUAAGCAAAGAAGUAAGCUACGAUGUCCUUGCCAAUUUGAUCACCAGCUGGCAAUUCCAAUCAGUAGAGCUAUUGGAAGCAACACAAGCCAUGUUACUAGCAGAGGUUCAAAGGAUUUUGGGAACUUUGACAAAGAAAACAGUCGACAGCCAACCUUUAAUUGGAGUCCAGAAUGGAAACGGUGAGCCAAAGACAGGGUCACAACUUGAACAAAGAGAACUGCAAGAGAAGAAGAAAAGUACCAGAGCAAACAGAUCAGCUUCAGUCAAUGUGGUCACAGAUGACUGCAGCCCAGACCUGGCAAAGCACCAAGGACCCAAGGAGGUGGCUGAUGGAUGUGCCUUUGAAGAGUCUGACAGUCCAGAUAGUCUGCGAGAGUGGCCUAUGUCCCGAAUCUGCUUUUGCAAAGUCUGCUGAAAGAACAAAGGGAAUUCUCCUGUAUACCAUUUCUGACGGUUUGUUCCUUGAUAAAGUCCAACUUGCGAAGACAAAAUUGUGGAAGCUCUCCAGAAGUCUGGUUUGUUUGUGGUUGAAUGAGUCUGCAAUGUUGUUUGGAAACAGUGAAGAAUUUUAAGAUGUGAAAGAAAUAGUAAAAUAUUGCAGUCACAUAACUAUGUAUAAAGAAUUGUAAGGACUUUCAGUGCAACUCUUGGAUUUUUAGUGUGGCUUACAUUCCUUGAGUAGAGUAUGUAAUAAAUCUGACCUGAUAUUUAUUGGCAGUAAAAAUUAUACUGUUUUGUGUCUUUUGAAUGCUAAUCAGUCGAAUUCAAGAUUCUUCUGAUUUAUUUUGAAAUCUUAUAUUUGAUGAAACAGACUAUAAAAGGUAUUGAUAAACAAAAGAAAAUCUGCAGAAGUUGGAAAUCCAAGCAACACACACAAAAUGCUGGAGGAGCUCAGCAGGCCAGGUAGAAUCUAUGGAAAAGAGUAAACAGUUGACAUUUCAGACCAAAGCCCUUCAUCAGGACUGGAAAGAAAGAUGAGAAGUCAGGAAUAAGAAGGUGGGGGGGGAGCGCAGGGAGGAAGAAGUACAAGGUGGUAGGUGAUAGGUGAAACCGAGAGAGGAGGAGGGAGUAAAGUGGAAGUUGGUCGCUGAAAGAGAUAAAGGGCUGAUAAAAGAGGAUAGAAGACUAUGGAAGAAAGGGAAGGAGGAGGAGUACCAGAGGAGGUGAUGAGCAGGUAAGGAGAUAAGGUGAGAGAGGGAAUCAGGAAUGGGGAAUGGUGUGAAGAAAAUAUGGGGGUAAUUACUGGGGCAUAUUCCAUCUAGGUAGCCUUCAACCUGAUGGCAUGUAUUUUGUCUGUGUAGCCUCCAACCUGAUGGGCAUGAACAUCAAUUUCUCGAACUUCUGGUAAUUGCCCCUCCCACUCCUCCUUUCACUAUUCCCCAUUCCUGUUUCCCUCCAGUCCCUCCAGUCCCUCUCCAUCCAUCUCUCUUGCCAUUCUGACCACCCCCUCCCACCUAAAGUUCUCUGGAUGGUGGGUUCAGGUGAUUGGGACAGUGCUGUAUGCCUCAUAGGCCUGGCUAUACCUGUCAGAUUUGGUGGUGGAGGUUUAGAGAAGAGGGCAGUUGAUAAUCUGAGGGAAAUCAUGGGAAUAAUAAGGGACAGAUACUGUGGAAGGAGGCAGGGGAGUUGUUGGCUGACUCUCUCUGGGAGUGACACACACAAAGUGCUGGAAAAUCUCAGCAUUUAUGGAGAGGAAUAAACAGUCGACCUUUUGGGCCAAGACCCUUCAUCACAGGCCCAAAACAUUGCUUACUCCUCUCCAUAGAUGGUGCCUGACCUACUAAGUUCCUCCAGCACUUUGUGUGUCUGUUGCUCAAGAUUCCCAGUAUUUCCUGUUCUCAUGUUUAUGAUUUCUCUGAGAAUGGUUUAGACAACCAUGUCUGAAAGCUCACUCGACUGGCAAUUACCAAAUUGGCUCCCCUGUAUUAGCUGUCAAAAGUUAUUGUGCCCAGGGUCUUCCCUUCCAUUAAACUUGUAUCCCAAAGUGGAAGGUGUGUUUAUUUUAUUUCCCUAGAGGAUCCUGGCCUGUCCUUAAUCAGAUACCAGGGUCAGAAAGCUUUGCUUUUAGAGCUCUGCUUAAAAAAAACAGCUGCUGAAGCCUUUAGGUUAAUGAACACUCUUCUCAAUAUUAUUCUUUUUGUAUACUUUCCUCCCUGAUUGAAGUACCUUAACCAAUACAGUUUCAUGUAGCUAUUAUCUUCGUGAAAUGGAAUCCUCGAUCUUUCCAGCCUUGCCCCCAUCAACUCAUCCCUGUCCUAACUCUCCGCACUUAAGAGGUGCUGCAUCCAAAACUCUUUAGUGAGAGGUGUCAUGCGAACGGUUGAACUUAGCAGCCUUUACAGUAAGCAGUGCUAGGUAGGGACCUAACUUAACCAGCAACAUAACUUGCCAUUCAGCAAGCCACCAGAUGGCUAAAGUGAUUGAACUAAUACUGGAGUCAAGCUGCAGCCAGGAAAAGCCAGGUUUAAAAAAAAUUGUUACGUGUCGGUGAAAUCAUCACAAACUGAGUAGGAAUCCUCUCCUGAAUUCCACUUGCAAUUCCUGGGUCUCCCCAGCUCGAAUGCCCUUUCCACUCUAAUACCCUUGGGUAUAUUUAAGGCGGAGGAUGAUAGAUUCUUGAAUAGUCAGGGCAUGAAGGGAUACAUGGCGAAGGCAGGAGAUUGGGGCUGAGAGGGAAAUGAAUCAGCCAUGAUGAAAUAGCAGAGCAAAUGCGAUGGGCCAAAUGGCCUAAUUUUGCUCCUCUAUCUUGUGGUCUUAUAAUUGUCUAAAAAAAUCUUGGCAACCUCCCAACAGCUACAUCAUUUUCUCAGACCACCAGAAGUACUAACUGCUGCCAAAUUUUGCUCCUGCCGCUUCACCGGGAAAUAUCACUCGGCUGCUUAAUUUCUUCAGGUCAUGAAUUCUUCACAACCAAGGCUCAGUUGAAGAGAAGUCUGUGAAUUUGAAUGCCCUGUCUGUGUCGAGUGCACCAGUACUAUAGAUAAUUAGAAAAUGUUCUGCAAACAAAUGAUUGUUCCCAAGUUAAUUUGUGUUAAGUUUUUACAGGUAAAAUAAAAUUA